CCCCACUGGGGAGGCCUCGGGGCCAGUGUUGGGGCAGGAGGCCUCGGAAGCAGAGCCCGUGGGGCGGAGGUGGCGGCAGGGCAGUGUCUGGUGGCAGAGGAACCAUGGCCACCAUCCAGUCGGAGACUGACUGCUAUGACAUCAUCGAGGUGCUGGGCAAGGGCACCUUCGGGGAGGUGGCCAAGGGCUGGCGGCGAAGCACGGGCGAGAUGGUGGCCAUCAAGAUCCUGAAGAAUGAUGCUUACCGCAACCGUAUCAUCAAGAACGAGCUGAAGCUGCUGCGUUGCAUGAGGGGCCUGGACCCGGAGGAGGCCCACGUCAUCCGCUUCCUCGAGUUCUUCCACGACGCCCUCAAGUUCUACCUGGUCUUUGAACUGCUGGAGCAAAACCUUUUCGAAUUCCAGAAGGAGAACAACUUUGAGCCCCUCCCUGCCCGCCACAUCCGCACGGUCACCCUGCAGGUGCUCAGAGCCCUGGCCCGGCUCAAGGAGCUAGCCAUCAUCCACGCCGACCUCAAGCCUGAGAACAUCAUGCUGGUGGACCAGACUCGCUGCCCCUUCAGGGUCAAGGUGAUCGACUUCGGCUCGGCCAGCAUAUUCAGCGAGGUGCGCUACGUCAAGGGGCCGUAUAUCCAGUCUCGCUUCUACCGGGCCCCCGAGAUUCUGCUGGGGCUGCCCUUCUGUGAGAAGGUGGACGUGUGGUCCCUGGGCUGCGUCAUGGCUGAGCUGCACCUGGGCUGGCCCCUCUACCCAGGCAACAACGAGUACGACCAGGUGCGCUACAUCUGUGAGACCCAGGGCCUGCCCAAGCCCCACGUGCUGCACGCCGCCUGUAAGGCCCACCACUUCUUCAAGCGCAACCCUCACCCCGACGCCACCAACCCCUGGCAGCUGAAGUCCUCGGCCGACUACCUGGCUGAGACCAAGGUGCGCCCACUGGAGCGCCGCAAGUACAUGCUCAAGUCACUGGACCAGAUAGAGGUGGUGAAUGGCGGCAGGGCAGUCCGUCGGCUGACCUUCCCCGACCGCGAGGCGCUGGCAGAGCACGCCGACCUCAAGAGCAUGGUGGAGCUGAUCAAACGCAUGCUGACGUGGGAGUCGCACGAACGCAUCAGCCCCAGCGCCGCCCUGCGCCACCCCUUCGUGUCCAUGCAGCAGCUGCGCAGCGCCCAUGAGACCACCCGCUACUACCAGCUCUCGCUGCACAGCUGCCGCCUCUCCCUGCAGGUGGAGGGCAAGACGCCUAUGUCUGUCGUGGAUGCCGCGGAAGACAGGCCCCCCUACUACGGUCUGGCCGAGGAGGAGGAGACCGUGGGUCUGGGCAGCGGGCCUUUGUUCCGGGAGGAGAAGGCACCGGUCGUGCAAAAGGCCAUCGAUCAGCUGGACGACUUGAGUCUGCAAGAGGCGGGGAGUGGGCUGUGGGGCGAGACCCGCACCGACGUCGUCCCCGACGUGCUGGCCCCGCUCAAGGCCGCUGCUGCCGGCCGCUGGGUGCCCGAGUCCGGCCCCGAGCCCAUCCUGGCCUUCUACGGCAGCCGCCUGGCAGGCCACCACAAGGCCCGCAAGCCACCCACAGGCUCCAAGUCCAACUUCAGCAACCUCAUCCGGCUGAGCCAGGCCUCGCCCGAGGAAGACGCCCCGUGCAGGGGCGGCGGCUGCGCGGAAGGAGAGCGGCGAGGGGCCUCUGCGGAGCUGCCUGCCAUCCCGCAGUGGGACAGGGAUGGGCCGGACAUCAAGGACAUGACCGUGGAUGCUGAGAGGCCAGGCCCUGAGUUCUUCGACCUCAGCAGCUGUCCUGGGGAAUGGCUGGGUCAGCCAGACUGGACCCUGGAGGGCGUCGGGGGGCCACGGGCUCAGGGGCUCCCACCACGCCACACCCACCCGCAUGGUCCACCCCGGGCCACCAGCUUUGUGCAGCACGUCGGUGGGCACCACUGAUGGUGACUCCACCCCUGCCCAUCACUGGGUGAUGCGCUAGCGGGGCUGGCAUCCCCUCCUCAGAGCUAUCCCCUGAACCGACAAAUUAUCCUUACAGAAAGAUAAUUAUCC